GAUUACGAGAGGGAUCAAACUUCGAAGCUAGGAGCCACAAGCUUUGCGAGUCAUGUCUAGCUUUAUGCUGAGAUCGCGUCUUGUCAGCGCGAUUUCUUCUUGUCACGAUGUGUUUUCUCAAAGAAUAGUUGCAAAUAGAAGCCUCUGGUUUGUCCAAAAUCGCUCUAAGUCGAUAGCCUCAAGAAGUGAACUGUCGUUGACGGGGUCUUUAGCUGCAAGGGAAACAUCCAAACGAUGGAUGACCACCAUAGUAAAGACAGAUGUUUCGCAUGCCAACUCUUCUACUCUCAGCAAGAAGUCUCUAUUGUACGUUCUUGCCUCGGUGAAAUUCGAAGAUCCAGACAUGAAUAGGAUUGUUCUCCUAUGCAAGCAGUGUCCGCUCACGAAAGAAUACAACAUCCAGCUGCCUUCAGCCCUUGUCGACGACAAAGAGGACAUCCUGAAGAAAAGCUAUGAAGUAAUGGAGAAGGCUGUAGGAAUGAGUUCUCAAGCGUUCAGACCUGGGUCACUUUCGACGACAUUCAAGCAUCCAGAUGGGAUUCAAAGUAUUCGCUUGCAGACUGUAGAUAUCGACUUGACCCGCUGCAAUGAAUGUUUAUCAGACAGCGUCCUCGAGACCAUAGUCCUUGCGCCAGUCAAAAGCUUCCGGGACUCGCUUGCAGUCCUUGGCAGGGAAGGGAGAAACGUUGACGAGAUCCUGCAAAGCAUGGCAUGGGGAAUCGAAACUACCUUGUCAGAUAAAAGGGGAACAUCGAACCUUUUCUUCGUGAAAGCUGUCGCAAAUGUUUGGAUGCUCCUAACAGUUUCUUAUGCGACUAUAAUCAUCUGUCGAGGAUUGGGAAUCAACGUCAACUUCCGAUUGAAUAUUUUUUGAUUCGAUUGAUUGUAUUAUAAGUUACAAAUACAUUGUAAGUGG